AUGAGCGAGCCGGCGGUGCUUCUCUGCGGCCACGGCAGCCGUGACAACGCGGCGGUCGCGGAGUUCGAGCGCCUGGCUGCCGUGGUCGCCGCGCGCCUGCCGGCGCGACGGGUGAGCCACGGCUUCCUCGAAUUCGCGCGGCCCACCAUCGGCAGCACGCUGGAGGCGCUGCGCGAGUCGGGUGCCAGCGCCAUCGACGCCGUGCCCGGCAUGCUCUUCGCCGCCGGCCACGCCAAGAACGACAUCCCCUCGGUGCUCAACGGCUUCGCCGCCGCCAAUCCAGGCCUGAGGGUCCGUUACGGGCGCGAUCUCGCGGUCGAUCCGCUGCUGCUGCGGGCUGCGGCGGAACGUAUCGAGGCCGCCCAGGAGCCCGGCGAUGCCGCGCUGGCCGACAGCCUCCUCGUCGUGGUGGGGCGCGGCACCUCCGACCCCGAUGCCAACAGCAACAUCGCCAAGGUCACCCGCAUGCUGUGGGAAGGCCUGGGCUUCGGCUGGGCGGAGACCUGCUACAGCGGCGUCACCACGCCCCUGGUCGGCCCGGCGCUGGAGCGGAUCGCGGGCUUCGGCUUCAAGCGUAUCGUCGUCUUCCCCUACUUCCUCUUCACCGGCGUGCUGGUGCGGCGCAUCUACGACGCGGUGGAUGCCGCCGCCCGCGCCCAUCCCGACAUCGCCUUCCGCAAGGCCGCCUACCUCAACGACCACCCGCUGGUGGUGGACGCCUUCCUCGCGCGGAUCGCCGAGAUCCCGAAGGCGACAACCGCAUGA